UUCUCCACUUCACUGCAGUGAUUAUAGAAGCUAUCAUGAUAGCUUGCUGUGUUUAUACAAACAUGACAGUGACAGCCAUGGAUUUAGAUCAUUAAAGAAAGAAUACGGCUGUAAACCCCAUGUGUAAUGGAGAAGUACUUUCAUAAACUUCAUUGGAUAUUGACAGUAAUUUACAAUAGAUGCCUUAAAAUGGAGAAGCCCCAAUGAUGAUGGAGGACCAGAAGAGCCCAGUGAAGGAGGAGAGCUCCAGAGAACGAGGCCUGCUCCACUUAUGGAGAGGCUACAGCAGUAGUGUUACCCCCGAACGGGUGCUUCUGUCCCGGCCAGUCCUCCAGGCUGCUCUCGGCAUCAGCCAUGGUAUCCUCCUGGCCGAAGGUGGGCUGGUGUACAGCUUCGGGGACCUGCCGUGGCGGCAGGGCCUGAGGGUUCUUCCUACUUACCCUCUCCUCGAGUCUGUCCUCUCUGGUCAGUGUGUUGUGUCUGUAGCUGCAGGCUCCUUCCACUGUGGCGCCGUCACACGGGAAGGGGCUGUGUACAUGUGGGGAGAGAACUCCUCGGGGCAGUGUGGUCUGUCAGAGAGAGGCCUGGUCCCAGAUCCUAGCCUCGUCAGUAUGGUGGACUCUGAGGCUGUCCGUCCACAGAUCAUCAGGAUCCUGCAGGUAACCUGCGGGGAGCAGCACACUCUGGCUUUGUCUACCCAGCAUGAGGUGUGGGCCUGGGGCAGCGGCUGCCAGCUGGGUCUGGUCACCAGUGUGUUCCCCGUGUGGAGACCCCAGAAAGUGGAGCACCUGGCUGGGAGGCACGUAGUUCAGGUGGCGUGUGGAGGAUACCACAGCCUGGCCCUGGUACGACGCUUCCCUGCACAAGACUCUCAGUUCCCCCGGCCGACAGCUACUGAAAAGUGUUCCCAGUGCAACCAGCUGCUCUUCUCUAUGGUGGAUAAAGAGGACCAUGUCAUCAUCAGCGACAGUCACUAUUGCCCCCUCGGGAUUGAGUUGGCUGAUAGCAAACCAGGGAGCUGCUCGAGAUCCAGACAGGCCUCCCAAUCUAGACAGGCCUCUCUAGCCCAGAGACACAGAGCCUCAGCCUGCCCGCUCUCUCAGACAGUCAGCCUUGAUCUGGGCCUUGACCCAGACCCCAUUAUAGGCCCAGAAUACCUAUUUCCUGGUGACACUGACAGUUCUCUCAGAGAGUCUGGCUCCAAAGAACAAACUAACCAAGAGGAUACUGGUACCUCUGACCUUCAAAGACAAGGCCCCGGGACUCUGACAGAGACAGACAGUAACUCGGCUCCAACACAGGCGAGGAGGAAAACCUCAUCUUCAACCGACGAGAAGGAGCUGAAGGAAUACCUCAAGAGAACGUCUGAUCACAUCCUGUCUGAACAGAAUGACAAUAACAACACAGGGAAUCCAAUCACCUUAGCCAAUCGGACAACAGGGGAUUCACUCACCUUAGCCAAUGAAACAGCAGAGGAUUCACUCACCUUAGCCAAUCAGACAACAGGGGAUUCACUCACCUUAGCCAAUCGGACAACAGGGGAUUCACUCACCUUAGCCAAUGAAACAGCAGAGGAUUCACUCACCUUAGCCAAUGAAACAGCAGAGGAUUCACUCACCUUAGCCAAUGAAACAGCAGAGGAUUCACUCACCUUAGCCAGUCAUAGCUCAGGAGAUCUACUCACCCUGGUAAGUCAUGUCCCAGGACAGUGCCUAAACGGCGACCUACCUGAUCAAGACCAACCUUCUACCUUAACACCAUAUCUUCUACCACAACCUCACGAUGACACCACCAUGGCAUCCAGCCUAUCAUGUUCACUGCUAGAGAACUACACGGGUGCCGUAGUUAUGGAACAUACCUUAGCUUUAACGGGCCGUGCUGCCUCACCCUUCGAGGUAAACACCCCUUCAGGCAUCGGCUCCACCAGCAGCCUCUGUGACUCAUCUAAGAGUGAAGGGUGUAUCCCAGUCGCAGGGCUGUGCGAGGCUCUGUCUGGGCCUGUCAUGGCAUACAGGAAGACCAACCAGGAAGUGCGUCUCUGUAUGGAGGAGGACUCCUUGCAAGGGAAGAAAUGCUCCAGUCUGACUGAUAUCCUGCUGGAGGAGGUCGUCGAGGGGAGUAGACGGCACUCACUGCCUCCUCUCCUCUCUCAUGCAUCCCCUGAGCUCCCCGGCAGGAGGAGCGCCCGUUCCAGGCCCAAUCUGCCCAGGAAGGAGGAGGUAGUGGAGUCUCUGCCCUCCCUGAACACAGAGGUGUGGAGCUGGGGCCGGGGGCAGGAGGGACAGCUGGGCCACGGAGACCAGCUACCCAGGCUCCAGCCGCUGUGUAUCAAGAGCCUGAAUGGUUUAAGCAUUUCGUAUAUUUUUGUCUGGAAGGCAGGAGUUGUGGCAAAGCCUCAAGAGGAGAGGGCCGAUAGUUUUUUAGGGUCAAGGUUUGGCUUUUUCAAGAGAGGCUUAUUACUGGAGGUGGUGAAGGUAGUGGCAGGAACACACCACUCUCUGGCCCUUUCUGCACAGUGUCAGGUGUUUUCGUGGGGCAGCAACAGAUCCGGCCAGUUGGGACACAUGAACAGCCCCACUACCAUGCCUCAACAGGCCAAGAUGUCAGAGGGUCUGCGUGUGUGGGACCUGGCAGCAGGGCAGAGCCACAGUGUGUUCCUGGCUGAUGGCGACUGCUGCCAGCCCAUCCUCUGUUACAGCGGUCAACAGGUGAUGGAGACCACACCUGAGAACCACAUACCUGGGACAGGGUCAACUGAGAGCUCUCCGUCUAGAACUGACACGUACACCCUCAGACCUGUCCUACUGCCCUUCUGUGUGAAUAUGGGCUACAUCAGCAGUGUGUAUGGCGGAGGACAGUCCUGUCUAGCCCAGGCUGACCUCAACGUGAUGGGGUUCAUCUCUGCUCUUCACGAGCUGGCUGCAGCAGACAGGAAGUAUUACUGCAGGCUCAGAGAUGUCAACAAGCGGGUGGUCAGCCCUCUACUGAGGAAAGAGUCUGUGUGCACGGUGUUGGGCCAGACGUCCAGCCUGUUGUUCCAGUCCCUGGCUAGUAGCUACAGCAGGCUCUGUCACCUGACAGGACAACACUCCGUCUCCCUUACAGCCUUCCUCCAUACUGACCGGGACGUCAAGGGACUGGUCAUCCUGAAACACGCUAACACCUUCCUGGACAUGUACUGUGGCUCAGUGGGUAAUUUCCUGGUUAUGGGGGGAUUCCAAGCCCUCAUGAAGCCCUCUGUGGAGUGUUUUGGGAAGAAGUUUGAGGUUUUGCGUCAGCUGUCAGAGUCCAGUGAAGACAAGGUUCCUCUGUUGGACCUGUUGGUGUUGCUGUUCUACUCUCCUAUGCAACACAUCCACGAGUACGCCAGGCUGCUGCUCAAACUGGCCACCUGUUACGAUGUGAGUACAGUGGAAUACCAGAGGCUGCAGGAGGGCUGCUCCAAGUACGAGGCACUGUCUCUCAGCCUGGGGAGGAAGAGGAAGGAGGCAGAGGCGACGAACCAAUUCUGGAGGACAUAUUCUGGGAAAACUACUGAUGUCCUCCGUAAUCCCCAGCGCAGGCUGGUGUAUGAGAGUAGCAACAAGAGCCUGACCCUCCAGAACGCCGGGAGGUUCUCUGUUAACUGGUUCAUCCUGUUCAACGACGCUCUGAUUCAUGCACAGUUCUCAUCUCAUCAUGUCUACUCCCUGGCCACUCUCUGGGUGGAACCCAUCACUGCCAGCAGCAACCUGUAUGGAAUUAAGGUGACAACUCCAGAGGAGAGCUUCACUCUGAUAGCAUCCUCAGCUCAGGAGAAGGCUAAGUGGCUGAGGGCUGUAAACCAGGCCGUGGAGGCGGUGUUGACCGGAGAGGGGAGCGGUCCUGGGGUCCCCGCUGUCUCUCGUACCGCCUCCUACAUCUUCUACAAAGACCUACGUCUGAAGGAUGCCUCCUACUCAGGCCGCUGGCUGUCUGGCAAACCCCACGGCAAAGGGAUCAUGAAAUGGCCAGAUGGCAGAAAGUUCACGGGGACCUUUAAACAAGGACUGGAGGACGGCUAUGGAGACUGUAUAAUGCCAAACAAGAUCCUCAACAAGAGUGAUCGUUACCAGGGCCACUGGAGAGAUGGGAAGAUGCAUGGCUUUGGGACAUACAGGUAUGCUACAGGUCAGGUGUAUGAGGGAUCCUUCCAUGAGAACAUCCGUCAGGGCCAUGGGAUGCUGAGCUCUGGGAAGCUGAUUGGCUCUUCUUCCAGUGUGUUCGUUGGCCAGUGGCUUCAAGACAAGAAGAUGGGAUAUGGAGUGUGUGAUAACAUCACUAGAGGAGAGAAGUACAUGGGCCUGUGGACUGAUGACCAGCGACAGGGCAGUGGUGUGGUAGUCACUCAGUUUGGUCUUUACUAUGAAGGGACCUUCAGCAACAACAAGAUGGUGGGUACUGGUCUGCUCGUAUCUGAUGAUGACACAGCCUUUGAGGGAGAGUUCUCAGAAGACUGGACCCCUAAUGGCAAGGGUUACCUGUCCAUGUCCAAUGGAGACUCCAUCGAGGGUCUGUUUAGUGGAGAGUGGACCUCGGGGCUGAAGAUCACGGGAACCUACAUGAAGCCUAACCUCUAUGAACCUGACAAGAAGCAAUCAACCAGGGUGCUUGAGUUGGGCCAGUCUAGCCGUAUCCCCAGAGCAGAAGUGGAAGGCAGUGUUCUCAGAGUGUUGGAGCAGGCUGGGCUGUGUCCAGAGCUGCUGAGCAGGUCUCAGAGUCGAGUCCUGGAGAAGCUGGAGGUGAUUCCUCAACAUACAGGUCCAGUUACUGCUGGGGGGUAUGACGUCAUCCGACGAUACCUCACCAAGGCCUGCGAAACCCCCCUCCACCCUUUGGGGGGGUUACUGGAGACCCUAGUGACUGUGUACAGGAUUACCUAUAUAGGGGUAGGAUCUAACAGAAGGUUGCUACAACAGGCUGUGGAAGAGAUCAGGUCCUACCUCAGACGGAUCUUCCAGCUGGUCAGGUUUCUGUUCCCUGACCUCCCUGACGAGGAGGUGUUAUUCACCCUGACCCCAAAGGAUCCUCAGAAACAGACCAGCAAGGUCCUGCUGCCCAGGCUGUACCCUCCUCUGUUCACCCUGUAUGCCCUGGACAAGGAGAGAGAGGAGGAGGUGUACUGGGACUGUGUCCUGAGGCUCAACAAACAGCCUGACCUGGGCCUGUUGGCCUUCCUGGGGGUCCAACAGAAGUUCUGGCCGGUCUCAGUCUCCGUGUUGGGAGAGAAGCAGCAGGUCCUUCCCAGCACCAAAAAUGCUUGCUUUGCUUCUGCAGUGAAGACUUUACACCAGAUCAGCACCACCUUCACCCCGUCAGACAAGCUGCAGGUGAUCCAGCGUACCUUUGAGGAGCUGAACCAGGAAGUACAAGCUCUGCUAGAGGGGAACUUCCUGUUGUCCAUGGAUGACCUCUUACCUCUGUUUCUCUACGUGGUGCUUAGAGCACGGAUGAGGAACCUGGCUGCUGAGGUGAGUUUGAUAGAAGAUCUAAUGGACCCCUAUCUGCAGCACGGAGAGCUGGGACUCAUGUUCACCACACUCAAGGCUUGCUGUUUUCAGAUCCAACAGGAGAAGACGACAUAGGGAAGAGGAGGUGCCUUCUACAAUGGAGGUCGACGGAGGGUCCCAUUUUCCAUCCCGUCGACUCCAGACAACCAGAGAUGGAUUAUCCCCUGGCUAAAGACAUGAUUAUUUAUCGUUAUUUAUACAGGGUUAGUCCCAUUGAGGCCGACGUCUCUUUUGAACCCUGCUUCACAAAAAGUCACGAAACAAUACAAAGUACACAAAGGGAAUUUGUGAAACAAUUAUAACAAUCAAAGGGCGGCGCAUGAGAAAUACAAUUAGAAAAAUGUAUACUAAAUGUUGAAGAGAUACAGGGAAAAGAGAGGUCUAGAUUUCAGGUACUGCUGCCUUAUGACAAAGGGAACUUUAAUGCAACCAUCCUGAGAAGAUUGAAGAAUCACAGCCUUUUUUGGUUUUAUCCUGACUAUCUUUAAUCCUAACUAUGUUUAAUCCUGACUGCCUAUGUUUAAUCCUGACUAUGUUUAAUCCUGACUGACUAUGUUUAAUCCUGACUAUGUUUAAUCCUGACUGACUAUGUUUAAUCCUGACUAUGUUUAAUCCUGACUGACUAUGUUUCAUCCUGACUGACUAUGUUUAAUCCUGACUGACUAGCUUUAAUCCUGACUGACUAUGUUUAAUCCUGACUGACUAUGUUUAAUCCUGACUGACUAUCUUUAAUCCUGACUAUGUUUAAUCCUGACUGACUAGCUUUAAUCCUGACUGACUAUGUUUAAUCCUGACUGACUAUCUUUAAUCCUGACUGACUAUGUUUAAUCCUGACUGACUAGCUUUAAUCCUGACUGACUAGCUUUAAUCCUGACUGACUAGCUUUAAUCCUGACUGACUAUCUUUAAUCCUGACUAUCUUUAAUCCUGACUGACUAUCUUUAAUCCUGACUGACUAUGUUUAAUCCUGACUAUCUUUAAUCCUGACUGACUAUCUUUAAUCCUGACUAUCUUUAAUCCUGACUGACUAUCUUUAAUCCUGACUGACUAGCUUUAAUCCUGACUGACUAUCUUUAAUCCUGACUGACUAUGUUUAAUCCUGACUGACUAUCUUUAAUCCUGACUAUGUUUAAUCCUGACUGACUAGCUUUAAUCCUGACUGACUAUGUUUAAUCCUGACUGACUAUCUUUAAUCCUGACUGACUAUGUUUAAUCCUGACUGACUAGCUUUAAUCCUGACUGACUAGCUUUAAUCCUGACUGACUAGCUUUAAUCCUGACUGACUAUCUUUAAUCCUGACUAUCUUUAAUCCUGACUGACUAUCUUUAAUCCUGACUGACUAUGUUUAAUCCUGACUAUCUUUAAUCCUGACUGACUAUCUUUAAUCCUGACUAUCUUUAAUCCUGACUGACUAUCUUUAAUCCUGACUGACUAGCUUUAAUCCUGACUGACUAUCUUUAAUCCUGACUGACUAUGUUUAAUCCUGACUAUGUUUAAUCCUGACUGACUAUCUUUAAUCCUGACUAUGUUUAAUCCUGACUAUGUGUAAUCCUGACUGACUAUCUUUAAUCCUGACUGACUAUCUUUAAUCCUGACUGACUAUCUUUAAUCCUGACUGACUAUCUUUAAUCCUGACUAUGUUUAAUCCUGACUAUGUGUAAUCCUGACUGACUAUCUUUAAUCCUGACUGACUAUCUUUAAUCCUGACUGACUAUCUUUAAUCCUGACUGACUAUCUUUAAUCCUGACUGACUAUCUUUAAUCCUGACUAUCUUUAAUCCUGAUUGACUAUCUUUAAUCCUGACUGACUAUCUUUAAUCCUGACUGACUAUGUUUAAUCCUGGCUGACUAUGUUUAAUCCUGAUUGACUAGCUUUAAUCCUGACUGACUAUCUUUAAUCCUGACUGACUUUCUUUAAUCCUGACUGACUAUCUUUAAUCCUGACUAUCUAUCUUUAAUCCUGACUAUCUAUCUUUAAUCCUGACUGACUAUCUUUAAUCCUGACUGACUAGCUUUAAUCCUGACUGACUAUCUUUAAUCCUGACUGACUAUCUUUAAUCCUGACUGACUAUCUUUAAUCCUGACUAUCUAUCUUUAAUCCUGACUAUCUAUCUUUAAUCCUGACUGACUAUCUUUAAUCCUGACUAUCUUUAAUCCUGACUGACUAUCUUUAAUCCUGACUGACUAGCUUUAAUCCUGACUGACUAGCUUUAAUCCUGACUGACUAGUUUUAAUCCUGACUGACUAGCUUUAAUCCUGACUGACUAGCUUUAAUCCUGACUGACUAGUUUUAAUCCUGACUGACUAGCUUUAAUCCUGACUGACUAUCUUUAAUCCUGACUGACUAUCUUUAAUCCUGAUUGACUGUUUAAUCCUGACUGACUGUUUAAUC